CUCCGCCGCUCUCUCCCUCUCUCUCUCUUCGGCUUCUUUAGCCGUCGCAGCUCCGUUUGCACCUCCAACAGCCCAACUGCAACGACAUCAGACCUUCGCUGCCUGCUGGGCAUCCCCAAAUUGGACCCACCUCUUGGUAGUUUCUGGGCAUUCGUACUGAAAUUUCUGAUCUUUUUUUCUGUAUUCCUUUAUGGCCACCAGUGGAAACAAGAACAUCAAUGCCAAAUUGGUUCUUCUAGGGGAUGUUGGAGCUGGUAAAUCUAGUCUUGUGUUGCGCUUUGUAAAAGGACAGUUUAUUGAAUUUCAGGAAUCAACAAUAGGGGCUGCCUUUUUCUCACAAACAUUGGCUGUAAAUGAUGCUACUGUAAAAUUUGAGAUUUGGGAUACAGCAGGUCAAGAGAGAUACCAUAGUUUGGCUCCUAUGUACUAUAGAGGAGCUGCUGCUGCAAUAAUUGUGUAUGAUAUUACAAAUCAAACUUCAUUUGAGCGGGCAAAAAAAUGGGUUCAAGAACUUCAGUCACAAGGCAAUCCAAAUAUGGUUAUGGCACUGGCUGGGAAUAAAGCAGAUUUGCUAGAGGCUAGGAAGGUGGCAGCAGAGGAGGCUCAAGCAUAUGCUCAGGAAAAUGGCCUUUUCUUCAUGGAAACCUCAGCAAAAACUGCAUCCAAUGUCAACGACAUUUUCUAUGAGAUAGCAAAGAGAUUACCUCGUGUACAACCUUUGCCAAAUCCAUCAGGGAUGGUUCUUGCAGAUAGACCUGCUGAAAGGGCUGCAAGUGCAUCUUGUUGUUCGUAAGCAUUCUUUGGUGUUCUCCAUCACUACGGACCGUAAUAUUGUAAUGCACACAGUGAAAAUGCACAGAGUGAAAACGAUGCCUUAGGUACUCAGUGUUCCCUAUAUGUGUACAUUUGUUCAGAACUUGUACAUGCAUGUUGUGUUUUAGUUAUGACCUCAUGGAGUGAAAUGCUUGUGAAGAAUAUGUUUCUCAGCUAAUGAAAUGAUGGAUUGCAAUUACAGACUCAGUUGCAAAUUCUGAAGUUUAAAUAAAUAAAUUCAUGUUAUAUUCA